UUUAUAUAAUUUCAUCAGGGGUAUUUAUAUUUUACCGUUCAUAAUUUUGUUGUUCAAAUCAACCUCUUCAUUAAGGAGAGGAAAAAACCUAACCUGAUAAGAAAGGAUAAAAAAAAAGAGGGUUCAUCUUACAAGUUUAUUCAAUCAGAAAGAUGGGAGGAGGAAAGAACAAACAUGAUGGCGGGGACGAACAGGACAGAGGACUGUUCUCUAAUCUCGCUGCGUAUGGUGGUGGAGCAGGACAUCAUUACCCUCAUCACGGAGCUUACCCUCCUGCUGGAUAUCCACCGCAGGGCUAUCCUCCUGCCGGAUAUCCACCACAGGGCUAUCCUCCGCCUGGAUAUGGAUAUGGAUAUGGAUAUCCUCCACCACACGGAGGGUAUCCUCCUCCAUACGGAUACCCUCCAGCAGGUUAUCCAGGCGCACAUCAUUCCGGGCAAGGAAUGGGAGGAGUCCUUGCAGGGGCUGCAGCUGCUUAUGGUGCUCACCACAUGGCUCAUGGGGCGUACCACCGUCCUCAUGGUGGUUUCUUUGGCCACCACGGGAAGUUUAAGCACGGGAAGUUCAAGCAUGGAAAGUUUGGGAAGCGUUGGAAGCAUGGCAUGUAUGGGAAGCACAAAAUGAAACGAUGGAAAUGAUCGAUGCGAUGUGGCAAACCAUCCUAUGUUGCUCUGUUGUCAUUUUGUUUCCUGUGAUAAUCUCAAUCUCAAAUUAACUUAUGGUCGUGUUACUCGUGUAUAGAGUUUGGCAGUUUAGUUACUGAAUAAAUGUUAUGUUAACAGAGGUUUUGUGGUGUUAAAAACAAGAAUGAUUUCGUUAAUAUGGCAUAUAUUUGUACACAAGGCACUGCUCCAUGUGGCUUUGAUGUUCUUAAAUUAAAAUACGAUUAGUUAUC